AUGGCAUUCAUCGCAGCUGCCGCCGUCGGCAUCAACAUGGUGUGCGGCGCGGUGGUGUACAUCGCGGUGCUCCUGCCCAACAACCCGAAAUUCCCGUUCACGAUGAUGCGCGCCAGGCCCGCGAUCGACGUCACCUUCGCCAAGCUGCAGCACAUGGGGUUCUUCACCAACGACACCGUCAAAGUCAUGUGAGUACCAACAGCAUUUAAGAUGAAUAACAGAUAUGAGAUUUUAGUGUUGUAUUGUUAGAAAGUAAAUAUGAUUUAUAUCCAAUCCUGAGCACAGUAAAAUAACAGUUUUUUUUUUUUUUUUUUUUUUGGGGGGGGGGGGGGGCACUGUUUAAAAAAAAUGUGUAUAAUAGAGUUGAAGAGUAUAUUUCAGUAAUAAUAAUUUAAAAAAAAAAUAACAGAUGUUUAAGAUGACAAUGUCGAGCUAAAGUUAUACAGCUCAAAAUUACGUUCACCUUAAAAAAAAAAGACAACAACAAAAAAAAUGUCUGUAUUUUUAGAAAAUAUGAAACACGGGGAUGAGGGAAUAAAAAGUCGAAACAAAAAAAUUAAGGUGUCGACAAGACCCCUUCGUCGGCGAAUGAAACAGUGACAAAUGAAUUAUUUUAUUUAAAUGGAGAAAAAAAAAAUUAAACUCUCUUAGCUUGUGUCACAGAGAAAAGGAUGAUUUUACUUCUACUAGUUUAUUCCCCCUCGCCCACCCCAUAAACACACACUCACUUUUAUUUAUAGUUUACAAAUGUGUGCCCUGAAGUGACGACAACCUUGCACUUUAUUUAAUCGUGUUUACCUUGACAGCCCUUGACAGUCUGAGCUACAACAUCACCCCCUCCCCCCCACCCCCACCCCCUGUUGGACUCUUAUCAGCAUUGAAAUCCGUCUUUGAAUCAUUCAAACCGUCUUCACCACCUUUACCCCCGAUGAGAAAUCCACACUUGUUACACACAGUUAGCUUACUCUUCAAAUAAAGAACAUUGUAGAGCAUCUUACUCUUCCAAGACCCGAUUGCAUUUUAUACAGGCUUUCAUUUUAACUUUUUUAAAAAAAAUGUAUUGGUUUAAAAUAAAGCCGAAAUUGGCUUUAAUGUACAUUUAAGUUAUAUAGGUUGUUUUUUUUUUCAAAAAGCUAAAAUUACCCGCUGCUAUAAGAUUGUAGUAGCAUGAACACAUUAAAUUAUUUAAGCUGAACUAACAAAAUAGUUUUUAAAAUUAUCUAGAAAAAAUGGCCUUGGCAUUCUAAUUAAACACUCACACAACAUAUGACGUAAGAACUUUAAUUUUUUGUUGUUUUUUAAAUAUUAUAUUUCUUGAAAAGAUAAUAAUUAAUUAGCGAAUAAAUAAAUGCACGUGCUAUUCGUGGAGGCUAAUUUAAAACCACUCGCUCUGGCAUCGUUCAAGAACGCUGUCCUUGUUAGAAGAAUUAGUCCCGUUGGGCGGGAGGAUCUCUUCGAGGCUACUUGGCUUCACUGAGAAUGACCAUCGGGUAUCCCUGCAUUCUCACUUCACGUCAAUCAGAGUAGAAAUUCCAAGUGGUUGAUAGAAUCAGAUAACAUUUUUUAGUACAGGUUUUUUUUUUUUUUAUUGUUCAGUGCUCUUCAUUCGACGCACUUGCACUUUAAAACUAUACUGUCAAUCAUGGGUUAAAUUAAAUCGUCCUUUUCAAUAAGGAAAUAAUAAAUCAAUCAGCUGAUUAAAAGACAAACAAACAGCAACAUGCACUGUUUGAGAUUACGUUUGGUUUUAAAUGAGACUGAUCAGUGAUAAAUUAACUUGUCGGGAACCCGUGGACAGCCCGCAGAUUUGCUGUAAAUCUAUUCAUUUAGGAAAAAAUACAUAUGGUAUGAAAUAUGACAUUAUCUUUCUUAUGAAAUUAUUAUUUAAAAAUAAUUAUAUAUAUAUAUAUAUAUAGAGAGAGAGAGAGAUAGAUAGAUUUAUAUAUAUAUAUAUAUAUAUAUAUAUAUAUAUAUAUAUAUAUAUAUAUAUAUAUAUAUAUAUAUCUAUUUAAAUAUAUAUUUAUAUAUAUAUAUAUAGAUAUAUAUAUAUCUCAUAAGACUACAAUGAUCAUAAUUUUAAAAACUACAGCGAGCAGUCUUAAGACAUCUAUCUACUAGAUACUUCGGUUCUUACACCAUCCACUCCUAAAAUGAUUUUUCCGCAUAGAGGAAAAUGUGACCCAUCAAAAUACAACUAGCUGCAUCUUUGUUUCUUUGGCCAGAUAAUUCAUAGGAUAUUGGGCAGCUUUUAAGCGUCUAGUUCAUUUAACAGUGCAAUCGACCCACAAUUCAGCAUGGUCUUCUAGUGACAGACGCAAAGUUAUCUUAUCUUAAGGCCGUGACACGUUCCUGUUCAAUUUAGGUCAGCGAUUAAAUAAAAAAAGAUAAUUGACUCGAUGCUUACUAAUUAUAUUUUUUUUUAAAUGGCGCGUACUUUGAAUACAUUAUGAUGGUAAGCAAUAUUCAACAGAACAUUUUAUUUUCUGAAAUAAAACUAUCCGUAUGUUUUCAUGUAAUAUAUAUAGUGACAUAACGCCAAAAGGCUGAUAUGAUUUAAGUACGUUCGGAUUCCUAAAUACAGUCAUAGUUAUUUUUUAAAUCUUAUUUUACGAAAAUCGAAUAAAUUUACAUGCACAAAAAAUAUUAUAUUUCUACUUUUAUUUUAGCAAAAAUUUAAUUAUUAUUUUUAUAAAUUAUAAAACACAUUUAAAGUUACAAAUAAGGAUUUAUUUUAAGCAUUUGUAUGCGUUUGAAAGUUAUGAAAAAAUGAAAAAAUUAAAAAAUCAUGAUCAAAGGAUUACACCGUAAUCACAUUUAUCGGGAAAACCCCAAACAUUAGUCGUUUUUAGUGCAUCUUUUAGUACGUUGUUAAUAUUGCGAAAUAAAAAUUAAAUUAAUUUGAUCUAAAUAAUCACACAAAUGACGUCAUAGCGCAAAUCGCCUAUUUAGCAAAAACUCUCAGGUUUCUUUAAAUUUAAUAACCGCGCGUGACAAAACUGAUAAUGUGUUUUCCCUUCUUAAAAGUAAAAUUAAUAAAUACAAUUGAUUGCUUUUUAAUUUUUUAAAUAAAACACACACACACAUUUCAGCUGUGUAUAUAUUUACAUUUAAAAAGUUUUACCCUUUUUUUAUUCCAAAAAUAUACAUUUAUUAAAAUUAUAACUUAAUUAAAAACGAACCUUUCAAUAUAAUUCUAAUAAAAACAUGCGGUUUAAGUCAUACAGUGCAGCGCAACUCCAUAGCUAAAUAGCACUGACUUGUCAACUUAUAACUAAAACAAAAAAGAACGAACCAUAUGAAGUUUGAGCAUGGAAGGGACUAAAAUCCGGUGGAAGAUUUUCUAAAUUUGUUUGAAUCUGGGUGGGGGAGGGGUUGGUCACUUUGCUCCAGGAAGCACACGUUACAUCACAAAAUAAAGGAAUGAAUUUGAUAAAAAAUUAACUUUAUUUGGUACUCUCAUAUCGCUGGUAAUGAAAUAGGAUCUGUAAAUUCUUAUGUCGAUGACAACAGAGUUAACUUCUAUAGUAUUACAUUUGUGAGAAAAUGAGAUGUUACAUUCUAUUUUUACAAAUAUUGGUAUGUUCAUUUUGCUCAAAGCAAUACAAGAUAUCUCCCAAAUUAAGGAAUUAGUUUGAAUAAUAAUUAAUCUUUCUAGGUACAUACAUAUCGGAGAUAGAAAAAAGGAUGUGGAUGUGAAUAUAUUUAAAUCCCAUGGUAUUAAAUUUGUAAAAAACGAGAUAUUAAAUUGUCUUUUUACAAAUAACAUAGGUUUACCAAAUAAGAAAACCAAUGGCACUAAAAAAUCAUGGGUACAUUUAUAUAAGUAUAUCCCUGAAUAUCAAAACACAAUCAUUUUACACACUUAAAAAUUAAAUUUUGACAAAUGAAGAUGGGUUAAUAUUUUCUUUUUUUCUUUUUUUUUAAAUGAAAAAAUAUUUUUGUUGUUACUUUGCAAAAAGUAAAGAGGUGUGUACUUUUAUGAGACUAACAAUUUAAUUUUUUUUUAAAGGCAUCAAAUCCGAUAUAGGUGUGAAAAACAGUUCUUCUUCUAUAAAAGAAUCAUUUGUUUUACGAUUUUUGAUAUUGUAUAAUUUUUAAAAAAGGCAAAAAUGUGUUAAAAUUUUUGAUGAAGAUAUCAAUAUAUAUCGAAUUCCUGUAAUACAAAAUAUAUGUAUAUCAUUCAUAAAGUUUUUAUUGUAAAUUUAAGAUUAGGUUUUUUAAAAAUUUUAAAGAAAAUGUUGUAAUUUAAGGUUACGAAAAGGGGUAAAUCUAAAGUAUUUCUCUAGCUUAGUAAUUGUCCCUCAAUUAACUUCUUUAGUGACAAAUGGGAUAUAAUUAGUGAUAAUUUAGACUGGGUAAUUUCAGGUCAUCUUUAGAGGGAGGGAAGUAGUUUACGAGCGUGAAAGGGUGUAGGGUACGCGUGUCACAUAUAGCAGAUAAACACUUCUCAAAACUUAAUGAUGUUAGAAACGUAAAUAUCAAUACAUUUUAAAAGUUAUGAAUUGGGAUGAGUUUUUGCAAUAGCGGUUAGACAUUAUUGCAAAGGACCUACCAUUAUUAUCCCAAUAACAUCGGGUCAUUUAUUCUAGUAUAUAUAUAAAUUAUUGCUAUGAUCUUUUUCAAGCUUAUCCGUGUAUGUACCUUGAUAUUAAACAAAGUUAUAAAAUUAUUCAAAUAAUAAAAUUAAGAGCAUACUCUUCUGUUUAAUAAGACUAGCAAAAUACUCUACUGUUGAAUAAAACUAUUAAAAUAAUCUAGUGCUGAAUAAAAAACUGCACAUUUCUUAUCGGUUCUCUUGCAGGUACGCAGACUCCCGCUGCAGCAGUACUCACGCGCCAAUGGAGGCCUUCAACUUCCGGUACACAACAAAGCCGCACAUCUUCUUCGGGCCAGUUUGUGACUACGCCCUGGCACCCGUGGCCAGGUUUUGUUCCGUCUGGAAAACGCCCGUCGUGUCGACCGGCGGGUUCUCCCACAGUUUCCUCAUUGAUAAGCACGGUAAU